UAUAGAAAUGGAUGUGAAUGAAUGGAUCCAAAAAUAAGUGAAAGGGAGGUGGUACUUUGAGAAGGCAAAGGCAGUCUUGUGGCGAUUGUCAGGCAAUUCACUCUGAGAUGGAUCAGACCCAAUUGUCCAUCCAUAGAUGUAAUGUAAGAGUCCCCACCUUUUCCUUCCCCUCUCUGUUUUAUAGGUCCCACCACACCUUCUCCAUUCAUCUUCCUCUUUCACCACUUCUUCACUUCAAAACUCACUCACUUUCUCUCUUCUUCUCUCCACAACUUCACUCUCAAAAUUAUUCUCUUCAUGGACAAAAAAAUCAUUGAAAGAGAAACUCAUGACUUAAUGAAUGUUGAGUCAUUCUCUCAACUUCCCUUCAUCCGUCCUCCUCCUACUAACAAAGAGAAAGGCAUCCGCCUCUUCGGUAUCGAAUUCGGUGGUGGCGCCACCGAAGACGAGUCCUCUGAGUCUCCGGAAACAACCAACAACAACAAUAACAUUAACUCGUUCGAGGUUGACAACAACAACAACAACAAAGACAACAACAAUAACGAAAACAACAGAAGAUUUGAAUGUCAUUACUGUUGUAGAAACUUUCCUACUUCACAAGCCUUAGGUGGUCAUCAAAACGCACACAAAAGAGAACGUCAACACGCAAAACGACAACACCUUCAAUCAACUAUGGUACAUGCUACUACUUUCUCUGAUCCACAUCUCUACCAUCAUCAUCAUCAACAACAGCAUCCUCUUUAUAGAUUCACAUCAUCAUCACCAUCAUCAUUAUCAUCUUCACCUUCUUAUCCAACAUGGAACACAAACUCAACUAGGUUCUAUAACCAUCCAACAACUUCUUCUUACUCUCAACAACAACCUAUCAAUGGUAGUCCUUUAGCUUUUUGGCGUAUCCCAAAUGGCACAGUUCAGAGUAACCCUAGUUUCAACCAUGAACGUCCUUUACCUUUGCUUGCUUCUGAGGAAAGAUCAAAUUUGUGGCAUAGUGGACAAGGAGUACCUUCUUCUUCUUCUGCUUCGCAUAAUCGUUACGUUUAUGACUCUAAACGUAACGACCAUGUUAGUUUGGAUCUUCAUCUCUAAAAUAACCAAUUUUGGUUAUUUAAUUUAUGAAGAGUCUAUUUAUUAUAAAUUAAGCUUGGUAAUAAUAACAUGUCAAUUUUUCAUACAUGAUAUAGUAUUAGUGUCACUCAGCAAAAUAACUUCUUAUGAUUGAUUCAACUAAGCUACUUUGAGCAGCUUGGGCGUAAUAUAUAUAAAAUAAUAUGAGAAAUUUCUUCCUUUUAGUUACGUAUGUUGGAACUAAUUGUUUCUGAUUCUUUUUAUAUUAUAAGUCGGAAUCCAUUGACACCA